UUGGUCCUGAAUAUUGAUUCAAAGUUGUUGUUUAUAGUUUUAUAUUGUGGUGUCUUCUGUCUUAUCACUCUUAUCAGUUAGAUAAUAUAAGUGACCCCGCGUAUCAGAACGUUUAUGAAAUUGUUAUCUUUCUCCUAUUAAUAUUGUUGUAUUUAAAUUCAUUGCCAUUUCCGCAAUCAUAUUGCGAUAACAACUAAACAAGAGCAUCGCAACCCCGUUAUCUACCCAAACAAACAACAUUGCAUCAGCUGGCUGGGAAGCAAUGAGUGCGUCUUCCGGAAAACGAGAUCUCACCAAACUGAAUGUUGGCUUCAUCGGCGGUGGAAACAUGGCCUAUUCCAUCGCCGCUGGAUUGCUCCGAGCUGGUGUCCUGAAACCAAAUCAAAUCACGGUGUCGGCUACCAACUUGAACAACCUAAAGGCUCGUUGGAACCCUCUAGACGUCAACAGACUAACCACAAGCAAUGCUCAGGUGCUACUGGAAUCGGAGAUUGUAUUCCUUUGUGUGAAGCCGCAUAUAUUGUCAGCUUGCAAGGAAUCCAUCCUCCGAGAAGCCGAAUCCAUCGAAAAUCUGACUGCUCACUGUCACGAAAAAAUAUUGGUGUCCAUUUUGGCUGGCGUGCCUCUUGCCAAAUUGAAGGACACAUUCAACUUUUUGCAUAUUCAGCACGUUCGUACGAUGCCCAAUACUCCGAUGCAAGUUGGAGAAGGCUGCACCAUAUACUGCGCGGGAUUUGAAGAUAAUAAACAUUUUCAAGUUCCUGGGAUAAUUCUUAGCUACUAUGAGGACAUAAAAUUUAUGCUGAACCAGUUAGGUUUAGCCUAUGAGGUAAAGGAAACCCAGAUGGAUGGCAUCACUGGGCUGACUGGAUGUGGCCCUGCCUUUGUGUAUGAAAUCAUAGAAGCUCUAGCCGAUGGAGGGGUGAAACAGGGUAUUCCCCGCGACAUGGCCCUCAAAAUGGCAGCGCAAACCGUUCUGGGAUCAGCUAAAACAGUAUUGGAAACUGGAAAACAUCCUGCAGUGCUCAAAGACGAGGUCUGCUCUCCAGGAGGAGCUACCAUUUAUGGGGUUCAUGAACUCGAAAAAGGUGCGAUGCGUGCGACGCUGAUGAAUGCAGUGGAAAAGUCUGCUGCUCGAGCAAAAGAGCUCUCUUGAAGUGUUUUAUGUUGUGUCGUUCAUAAUAGUAACUGUCCUUUAAAUGUAAAUCUUGUUUCGAAUAUGUAGAAUGUUCAA